AUGGCAGCGAGUCACUUUGACCUCCCACUUUCACGACGGGAAGCAAUUUCAUCAUCAUCAGCUUUCUUACCCGGAAUCCUCUCGAACCCUGGUCAAGUCCAGGCCAGAGAGGUAUCAGUAUCACGUGGAACUCUCAGAGAUGUUGUUGAUGAUGCAACGUAUGCUGCUUUGGUGUACGAACCCAAAAGAAAAGAGCAGACACCACUUCCGCUGCUUGUGGUACUCCACGAGGCCGGCAGGAAUGACGAAACAGUCUGGAGUUUGGCAGAUCCAUUGGGUGAACAUGCUGGCUUAGCGCCCAGCCUUUUGUUCACCGGUCGUGCUCCGACAGCCUUGGCUGACAAAUUUGCCAUGGUCGCGCCGUACUCCGCAGGGAAACGUUCCUUUUACGAAGAGCCUCGGAGCAAAAUAUUACAAUUUAUCGAAUGGGUCUGCAGCGAAGCUGGGCAACGAGCAGGUUGUCCCUAUGUCGAUCCGAACUCCGUGUAUCUUUUUGGUUUCAGCGAUGGAGCGACUCUCGCUGUUGAGCUUGCAACCACCAGGAGAUUUCGAGCUUGUACUAUUGCUGCGUACGGAUUUUCUGGAACGCUUCCGAAAUUGGCGUUGGACCGUUUGAAAGGGAUCCCUUUCUGGGUCUUUCAUUCCGCGGAUGAUGUCAUUUUUCCUGUGGUAUACAGUGAUCGUUUGGUAACUUCUCUUCGGACCGCGAAUACUGAAAAUACAGAAAUCAUUCGAUACACACGAUACGACAAGGAUCAAGAAGGAUUUGAGGGGUCGGUACGAGGUCACUCAACAGGAAUUACUGCAACGAAAUUGCCAGACGUCUACGAGUUCUUGCUUACCUCAAAUAGAGCCUAG